AUGGUUCGCCGACAUGUCGCUGCGUCUGCUACAAGUCAACAAGCAGCGAGAACAACUGCACGAUCAUUUCUUGUUCGAUUUAUUGAAGAUCGUCGGAAAAGAGUGCAGCAAGAGGAUAUUCGUCUUGAACCAUACAUAUCCAAGGGUGUUUAUACAGAAUCCGGUGCCAUUCGACCAAUGCCUAAAAGAUAUCCACUUGGUAUCGUAAAAGUGAUGUUGAUCACCAUUCCAUUUCUAUAUAUCGGUUCAUGCGUAAGCAAAUACGCAGCAUUGGGUUUGGAAAAGAUGGAUUUAUUUGUAUACAGUGACGAUGACGAUGAUGACGAUGACGAUUAA